AUUUUAUUAUUCCCACCACAAACAUAGAAAAAUAAAUCUAUAGAUUUAAAAUUUUAAAAAAUUUUUAAUAGGGAUUUAUUCCCGAGAAAAGCUAAAAAAUGGCUGCGGAAUUUAUCCGAUAGGUAAAUUCAGCUCAAACCGCAACAAUUCUUCAGCUGGGCUUGAGCUUGAUUUCUAUGAAAGAAAAAUUAUGAUUAAUUUCGCAGCAAACUUAUAAAGAACACUACAGAAGAAUAAUUUUAUUGUCAAGUAUGGAGAUAAUAAGAUAUAUAAUGCCUCUUCUAGUACCUUAGAGUCAGAAGGCAAUUUGCAUUAUCAUAUUCUUAGUGAUUAUAUUUUAUCUCUUGUACGCAAUUAUGACUCGAUUUUUUGUGUAUUUGAUGAUAUAAAAAUUUCCAAACAAAUAAAGACUUAUAGAUAACUUUGUUUUAGAAUUUUUUUAUCCUAUACUUAAUCGAAGAAUGACAAUAGAUUCGAUCAAGGAUGGAGUGAUGAGCUAG